CUGAGAGCUUCUGGAAAAAGUUGACAAUCGUUUUUAUUUUGGUGACACAAUACUUAAAAGGAUGUGAUCAACGCUCAUAAGAGAGGUGACAUGUUUCUCCUCAAUGAGCAGUUGAGGAUACACAGGAGGACUACAACACAGGAAGUAAAGUCUUACACGCUAUGACGUCACGGCAGGUCAUGGGCGACCACAGCCAGACGUGGCGAGUUCGCCGAUAACAUCACCUUUUGUACAAAGAUCAAGGCCGACACUUCACCGGGGGGCAUUUGACAGAAACACUUGUGUUUGCGUGCGUUGUAUUUAUGGUUUUACGCGAUUUAAAUGUAGUGGAUCCGAAUCUGUGACGUCACCUUUUGCCGACCGAAGCGACCCCGAGAUGGAGCCGGAUCGUUUACUCAAGGUGGACGCCAUCCUAGAGCUGGUCAAGUCCCGCUUCAAUCUCAUCUCCGCAGCCCAGUGGGCUCUGCUGGUGGGCGGGACCCCCGACUCGGAAACCCAGGCCAUCAUCGCCGAUACGAUCAGUGACGUCAUCCAGAGGAUCUCCUCCGAGGUGGUGCGGCAACUGCAGCCCGCCAUCAGCGAGCACCUGCGCGGCCAAUCGUCUCAGGCUCAGGUGAGUAAUGCCAUCGACCGGUGCAGUCCGAAGCUGAGCGAGUGCAUUACCGAGACGUUCGCCGCCGCGCUGGACCUCCCGCCGCAGAAGUACGAGGGCUCGAGGGAGCUCACCUCGCUGAUAGAGUCGGAGGUGAAGGACCGGGUGACCUCGGCCUUGUCCGUGGCCCGAAAGACCGACGAGUGGCCUUCGGAGCCCACGCUCUUCAUCCGCGGCACCAUGUCCAGCGUGGGCAACCUGGCCUCCAUCUUCCGGAAAGCCGUGGAGUAUCUGAGACACGUGUUUGCUCGGGCGCGUACGCCGUGCGUGGUGCUGUGCGGCCGCUCCGCCAUGAAAGCAGGCGAAAUGACCAACGCCGUGAGCAGAAUCCUCUUAAAGUGGUCUCGAGUCAAUAAGGGCGAGAAACCCCAGCCCCAAUCCCCGCCGCCACCCGCACCCGCCCAAAUCAGCAGCAUGGUGGACAUCGAGACCGUGAGUCCAGACUCCGAUAUCGUGCAAAUGCAAGUGAGACAACAACAACAAUCCGACCCAAAGGCCAAGGAGAGCGCUCUGAUCGCCGCAAAGGACAUCACCAAAAGCAUCAUCCAGGAACCUUUUCGCGGCUCCGGAGACCGCACGGAUAGCCACCUGACCCGCUUCAAUCUAAACCUGAAGCUCAUCUCCAACAAAGUGAAGAAUUUUUUCAAGUCGCAGGAGACAGCCAGCCCAGACGGCCACGUCAAAGUGCGCAGGUUCCGUUUCUUCAAGUUCGCACGCCUGCAGUUUGCGCGAAUGCUGGGAGGACUCAAACGUGCCUUUAAAAACCAAGAGGCGUGUCUCGUGUGCCUCAAGUUAGAUCCGACAAAGUCCCCCAAAGACUCCAAGGGCGGUGCUUUCAGAUCUAGCACCUUACACGUCAGGCCGUCGCAGAAUCCCGUGUUUGAGUUUGAGGCCAUCCAGGACCGGGUGGCCAAGAUGUUCGACGACCUAGGCCAGAUGGAUUCAGAAGUACGCGCAACCAAACUGAAGCGCUACAUGGACGAGAAGCUGCGGAGCUUCUCCCAAGAUCUCUCCUCUCGCCUAUACGAGUACAUCAUGUCCUGUCAGAGCGAAGUCUACGAGGUGCCUUCGAGCCGCUCCAACACGCCUUUCAUGGACUCUGUGCUGUGGGGCCGGCGGGGGAAGAAGAACUGGGACGGCGGGCAGAAAUUGUCUCCGGAGGUCUUGUACGCCAUGACGGAGGACGCGGCCUGGAGGUUCCUGCAGCAGCUGCUCCUCUGGAUGGAGACGGAGCCGCAAGGCGAGGAGACGUACGCCGACGAAGUGUCCGGUGCCGUCAGCGAGAUCAACCAGUUGGUCGUCACGGCCCUCAACACGGAAGAAGGCCGGGAGCCCCCGAACAGCCAGCGAGUGAGCAGUCGCUCCGCAGCUUCCAAGUCGCAGCCUUCCGGAACACCCGCGGAAGAGGCGGGACCGUCCACAGAACUUUCCCCCAGGUGGGAACGCACGGCGUCCUUCAACGUGAAGCUGACUCGCCUCCUGGCCUACACGCUGACCACGCAGCUGGGCCAGCGCCUGCCACGGAAAUGCAAGCAGUCUCUGAAGAUGGACUCCCUGAUGCUGGCGGUGGAGCACCUGUCGUGCAGAGCCGCGGAGGAGAUCAGCCCGCAGCACAUUGACAACAUCGAGACGAUGGCUAACCUCGAGGAGGUGAUCACGCCUGUCGUCAAGAAGCUCCUGGUCCACUUUGGCUCGCCCACUAAACUGGUGGAGGCUGUGACGCUGGACGAGGAGUCUUUUGACGAAGCCGUCUUCAAGCACCUCCAAAACCAACUCGCAAUCGUCAGAAAACAACCCAAAGCCAGCAGGGGCCUCAGCUUCUUCUCAUCCGUGGCCAAGCUGUGCUCUCGCUCUACGUGACCGAUAUUGCGCAACUUCUCACUCCUCCUUCUAGGAGUCAACCCCCCCCCCCUCCCCCUCCACUGCACAUGUGUGUGUAUAUAUAGUGUACAUACUUUGAACAUGCCUGUUAUCGGUCAUACGCACAGCGGUACCUUUACUUUUGGAGUAGCCCGACACGUUUGUAACAUUUUUUGUUUUUCGCUUGGUGUCUUGAGCGUUAGCACUGAAACUGAUUUGAGUGCCGAGUCAGGGAAUGCGUUCACUUUGUAAGUCAAGGUACCACUGUCUGCACAUGUAUCAUGUACUCAGCUUCUAUUGUUGAUAAUAUUUAUUAAUAUUUGUCAAUCAGGAAUGGCACCAAUGAUGGAUUUUUUUUCUACUGUACUGAGCAUUUUCAGAUCAUGAAAAAAGUAAAAAAAUAACCUUCAAUUUCAACAAUUGGCUCUAAUGGAAGUCA